AUGCUGGUGGACCUCAGCCAGUGGCCCUGGCCCUUGAGCCUGCAGGAAGUGGACAAGAGGCCAAAGCACCCGCUGCAGCUCAAAUACUCUGGGGCGGAGGUCGAUGAGCUGGGCAAAGUGCUGACGCCCACCCAGGUUAAGAACUGGCCCAAUGGUAUUUCACAGGAUGGCCUGGAUCCAAGUAAACACUACACCCUGGUCUUGACAGACCCAGAUGCUCCAAGCAGAAAGGACCCCAAAUGUAGGGAAUGGCACCAUUUCCUGGUGGUCAACAUGAAGGGCAACGAUAUCAGCAGUGGCACCAUCCUCUCUGACUGUGUGGGCUCAGGGCCUCCUAAGGGCCUUCACCGCUACGGCUGGCUGGUUCGGGCAGGCCAAGCCACCAAAUGGGACAAGCCCAUUCUCAGCAGCCCAUCUGGAGACCACCGUGGCAAACUCAAGAUGGUAUCUUUCCGCAAAGAAGUACGACCUUGGGUCCCCAGUGGCCGGCACAUGUUACCAGGCGGAACAGAAUGA